CGGACGAAAAGUGGAAGAAGGCCGCUUCUAUUCUCAACGAUGGAUUGCUGAAGGCGAGUAUCUAUUUGAUUUAAAUUUAAUUUUUGAUGCAAGGGAUAGAGAGGAGUUGGGUUAUUAUAUCAAAAACAACCACCUAAGCAGUCUGGCUACGUGUCGGACUAGGAAUGGGUUAUUAUAUCCGUCUCUGACUAUCGUGUUCUGGAAUAUUGUCAAAUUGGAGGUAGACACAAUGAAGUUGAAGCAAGCUAAGGUUCAGUUUGCUGUCGACCAAUCUCUUACGGGAAAUAUGGCCAAUUCCGUUUUGAACGAGAUGAAGCUAAGUUUUAUUUUAAAACAGAAGAACAAUGCGCCAGUAAUUGGAAGCAAGCGAACCUAUCCAAACGAGGAGUCAACCCACACUACCAACUCCACCACAAUCGAAUUUCACUCAUCAAGUGGUAGUGAUAAAGUGAGCGUUAUUGGAACUCCACCACAAUCGAAUUUCACCCCACCAAGUAAUAGUGAUAAAGUGAGGGUUUCUUCACAAAUUGGAAGCAUCCUUCCUGAUGGUACAGUGCUACCAAAGCCACCACCACAACCGAAUUUUAUUCAAGCAAAUGACAGUGAUGAAGUGAGCUUUUCUUCCUUACAAAUGACAUUUGAUGAUGAUGGCGAGGAAACCCCUGAUUUAGACAGUUUUAUAAGUUCUGUGCCAACUAAUACGCAAAAAUGGGAUCUACCCUCAGGAAAAUCCGUCAAUGAGAUUUAUUUUGUAAAUGUAUCUCAAUAUCUCUCGGCGCAUAUGCGAGAUUGGUUUUCCGACAUUGAUAUUCAGCACAUGAUGAAAGAUCACGUAGAAGUCUUAACGGUUCCUGCAUUAGAUGAAGAGGUGAACGCGUUCAUUGCGGAUGUAGAAAAG